CCCAAACAGUGUGUGAUUGCCAUUGCAUUCAAUACACACUUCCUUUUCCUGUCAUUCACUUCAACCAAACACUUGUCCACCAAAAUGGGUAAACCUAAGGGACUGCGAACCGCCCGCAAACACCGCGACCAUCGCCGGGAGCAGCGUUGGCACGACAAGGACUUCAAAAAAGCUCAUUUGGGCACCCGAUGGAAAUCUAACGCAUUCGGCGGCGCCUCUCACGCCAAAGGGAUAGUGUUGGAGAAGGUGGGGGUUGAGGCCAAACAGCCCAACAGUGCCAUCCGGAAGUGCGUGAGAGUACAGCUGAUCAAGAAUGGCAAGAAGAUCACCGCAUUUGUUCCGCGCGACGGUUGCCUCAACUUCAUCGAGGAGAACGACGAGGUAUUGGUGGCCGGCUUCGGGCGUAAGGGUCACGCCGUGGGCGACAUUCCCGGCGUCCGAUUCAAAGUCGUGAAAGUGGCGAAUGUGUCGCUUCUGGCCCUCUAUAAGGAGAAGAAGGAGAGGCCCAGGAGUUAAGGGCACCGGUAGAUGGUUGUGGAGGCGCCCACUCAAUAUGUUCAUUGAAUUAUUAUUAAAAGACUUUUCGAUCGGUUUAUAAAUUAAAUGAUGUUUUUUUGAGGA